AUGCCGCCGCAGCCCGCCGGCCGCCAGCUCCUCUCGCUCUCGCGCGAGGGCAGCUUCGACUGGACUUUCGUCGCCGACGUCCGCGUCGACCUCACCAGCCCCAGGGUCGUGCAGAGUCAUGAGCUCGCCGGCCUGCCCUUCCCUGGUCGAUGGAGCGUCGAGUUUUCCCGCACCGCCGCCGAGGAGCCGCUCAGCUUCGGCGUCGACCACAAUCUCGUCGCCGGCCAGCUCGGCCAUGGCGGGACGGUCGCAGUACGCCUCGAGUGGGUCAACGGCGAGGAGGUGGAGCGACUUGCGGGCGGGCUGUGGAACGAGGACGAGUUUCCCGAAGGAAACCCGGAGACCGGUCGCGCCUGGAACGGCUGGUCGGCGGACCUCACGGCCGGCCACAUCAAGGAGACGUCCUCGGCGUUCCAGGAGCAGUACAGCAAAGGCGCAGUGCUGCUGUUCCGCCUGCGCUUCCAGAUCUCCCUGGCCAAGCCGAGCCCGACGAGGGCAGAGCUAGACCUCUGCAGCCGCACGCCGUAUCGGUCGUUCCGACUGCCGAUCCAGCCCAAAGUCCGCCUCGUCUUCCCCCGAGGCGAGGAACCAGUCGAGCUGUGGGCCGACGCCGAGCUCCUCGAAAGGUCGUCGCCCUACUUCAAGACGCUCCUCACGUCGGGCUUCUCCGAGAGCGUCCAGAAGGACUUUGACGACUCGGACGACGAGGUCGACCAGCUGUCGUUCGAGGAUGGACGCCCACCCCUGUACGACACGUCCGACAUGUCCAACUUCUCGUACAAGCAGGUCGUCAUCACGGCGGCGGCGUACUCGACCUACGAGGCCGUCCUUCGCUUCCUCGCGACGGGCUUCAUCAACUUUGCGCCGCUCCGCUCCUCGUGCUCGUCCGACCAGCCCACCUCGACCUCUUCCUCGUCGCGCGCCAACCGCCUGCGCAAACUCGUCAGGGAGGACCUAGACCUCCUUUUCCCCGUCUCGCCCAAGUCGACCUACCGCCUCGCCCACCUCCUCGAGCUCAAGCGGCUGCAGCGCAUGUGUCUCGUCGAGCUCGGCAAACAGCUCACGCCGACGAGCGCGCCGCACGAGCUGUUCGACCCGGCGUCGGUCCUGUACGACGAGUGGCGCAAGGUCGUCCUCGAGUACGUCGUCGCGCACUGGAGCGAGGUCGAGGCGACGCAGAUCUGGAGGGACACGUUGGCCCGCGUCGAGGCGGAUGAGGUGCCUGGGGCGGUGGGCACUGUGGUCAAGCUCAUGCAGGCGAUCGCGCAGCGGCAGCAGGGUGCGGGAGGAGGAACCACGACGAGCUAG